AUGUUAACAUAAUUAGAUUAAAAUCAAUAUUCAGAAGCAAUUCAAAAAUUGGAGUUAUUUAUUAGUUGCCGCUAAUUAGAUGACUUGGACACAACAACUGUGAGUGAUCCAUACGUAGUUCUUUUUUUAAAAAGUAAUUAAAGCAAUUGUAAUAAUGUGAAACUAUAAAAAUAGGGAGUAAGAUUGGAUAAACAGAAUUGAUCUGGAAUAAUUUAAAUCCUAAUUUUGCUACUUCUAUUAUUAUUGAUUAUCAUUUUGAAGUUUAAUAACAUCUAAAAUUAGAAGUUCAUCAUUAUGUUAAUUAAAAUCAAUCAAAAGUAUUGAAAAUAUCAAUAAAUAAUAGAUUAUAGGGAUAGCAGAGACUUCAGUAGCAGAGAUAGCUGGAGCAAAAGAUCAAUUAUUGAUGACAGAUUUGUUUAAUUAAUUAGGAAAAAAGAGUGGGAAGAUAAUUAUAAAAGCAGAUUAAGUAAAGUAAUGUAACGAUGAUUUGGAAAUUACAGUAUCUGGAUAGAAUUUACCUGAUACUAGAUUUUGGUUUUGGCGUGGGGCUUGUCCAUUUUUAAGAUUUUAUAGAUUAAGAAAAGAUGAUUGUAAUCCAAUUUUAGUUUAUGAAACUGAAUUUAUAAAGGAUACAUCAAAUCCUUCAUGGAAAACUAUAUAAUGUAAAGCAUAAAAACUUUGUAAUGGAGAUUAUUAGAUGCCCAUUAAGGUAGAACUUUGGGAUUAUAGAACAUCAGGGAAACAUUUAUAUAUAGGGGAAACAACAUUUUGUAUAGAGGAAUUGAAAGAAGCUUUUCAAUAGAGUAAGCCUUAAAAAAAAGAAUUUAGAAAUAAAUAAAAGAAUAACUAAUUAGCAGGAACGAUAUCAUUUGAUAAAUUCAGUUUAAAGUGCAAAUAUAGUUUUUUAGAUUAUUUAGAGGGAGGUUAAUAAUUAAAUUUGAUUGUUGCAAUUGAUUUUACAGCUUCAAAUGGUAAUCCAAAAGAAAAAAAUUCAUUACAUUAUAUGCCUUAAAAUGGAGAUCCAAGUUAAUAUUUAUAAGCAAUAACAAGUGUAGUUGAAAUCUUGAUAAAUUAUGAUUAUGAUAAAAAGGUGCCAGUUUAUGGUUUUGGAUGCAAACCAAAAUUAAAGAUAUUAAAUACAAAUAAAACUUUGAAUAUCUUUCCAUUAAAUGAUAAUCCAUCGGAUCCUGAGUAAAAAUAAUAUAAAUUAAUUUUAGAGUAUUUGGAUUAGAUGGUAUAAUUUAAUGUUAUAAAAAUUCUAUUUAACAUUUAUAAUUAGAUGGUCCAACUUAUAUACAUCCUGUUAUAUAAAAGGCAAUGGAGAUGGCUUAAGAGGCUAAAGAUUAGGGGAGUGGAAACUAUUUAAUUUUAAUGAUUUUAACUGACGGAUAAACUGAUGAUUUAUAAGCAUCAAUAGAUGAUGUUAUAGCAUCUUCUUAUUUACCAUUAUCGAUCAUAAUUGUAGGAAUAGGAAAUGCAGAUUUCAAGAAGAUGAAUAUACUUGACAAUGAUGAUAAAAAUAUGUUGAAUAGUAAAGGUUAGAAAGCUGUAAGAGAUUUGGUUCAAUUUGUACCAUUUAAUUAAUUCAAAUAAGAUUUAACACUUUUAUCAAAAGAAGUAUUGGCUGAAUUGCCUGAUUAAUUAGUGGAAUAUAUGGAAUUGAUGAAAAUACCACCAAAACCUCCUACAUGUAAAAAAUGAGAUUUAUUUAAAUAGAUAAAAAUAAACAAAUUUAAAUGACAGGAUCUAUGAUGAAUGUUUAUCCAUAGUUUUAAUUUUAAAGAAGUGAUUAAUAGUAACAAUAAUAUAUGUCAUAAUUGGAAGAAAAAUAAAAUAAUUAGAUGCCUGUUAAGACAGGAUUUACUAAUGAAACUUUAGGAUAAGGUUUGAUUGAAGAAGGAAUUUAGAAAUAGUAAUAAAAGCAAGCUUGA